AUGUUGGUCAACCAUAAAGAAUAUGCUGUGGUGAAAGAGCUGAUAGAAUUUUAUUCCUCUCCUCAGAAACCGACUGAAAAUAACUUGGAUGACAAUGGGGAAACGAAUGAAAGCUCUAGGUUUGAGUUGAGAAAAUGCCGAGAGGAGUGCAAGAAUACAGCCUGUCAAAAUGAAAAAUUCCGAAAUCAACAAGAAAUCGCCAAACUCUCCCGACGUCUUCGAUUCCUACUUGAUGAAGCGAAUUCCCUGAAGGGAUGUCCGGACAGUCGGCCCUCAAGGAAUGAGCCAAGUCUCCCCUCAAAUGUAAUUCCCGCCCAACAGCUAUUGUCGAACAGCAAAGAAACUUGUACUGUGAUUAAAAUUCCACGGACUUCCUGGUCGAAUGAGAAUCACUUCAACGGUGAUGGCCCACAUCCCAUCAUUUACUACAAGAACGAGCCGACUCAAAUACUGCAGCGACCUACUCCAAUCCUCCGAGGAGCACAGAAGUCCAGACCGAAGGCCAUUGGGGAGGGUGAUAAAACCUCAAAAAAGGCCACCACUCUAGGUAAAUCAGAACCGAUUAAGAGAAACGAAGUUUUAAAAGAACUCCCUAAUUCCAUUCAACGACUGACGCCAAAAUUUGCAUCGUUUUCAACCCACCUUCCCCGAGUUAAAUCCACCAAGGAGUGUGUUGAAAAGGAAUCAGUUAUUUAG